AACAAUGGUGGCAGCAAAUUUCAUUCUACUGAAGUAGAAUCCUCAAUCCACAAACUAGACUACUCUCUCUCUCUCUCUCUCUCUCUCUCUCUCUCUCUCAUCGGAACUCACUGAUCGCAGCUCCCAAUGGCGGAAGUCGAUCCUCACAUCCAAGAAGAACACUUCGACGUUCUCACCAGAACCGGCCAGAAGACCGGCACUUCCAAGCCCAGGGGAGAUGUUCAUCGAGACGGGGAUUACCAUCGAGCUGUUCAUGUCUGGAUUUUCGCCGAAAGCACGCAAGAACUGCUUAUCCAGAAACGUGCUGACUUCAAGGAUUCCUUUGCAGGCUUGUGGGACAUCUCCAGUGCUGGACACAUAUCCGCCGGUGAUUCAUCGCUUAUCUCUGCCCGGAGGGAGCUUGAAGAGGAGCUAGGUAUAAUACUUCCAAAAGAUGCAUUUGAAAUGAUCUUCGUAUUUCUUCAAGAGUGUGUAAUAAAUGAUGGAAAAUUCAUCAAUAAUGAAUUCAAUGAUGUUUACUUGGUUACAACUCUAGAUCCUAUCCCUCUUGAGGCAUUUACUCUUCAGGAAACAGAAGUCUCUGCUGUUAAAUAUAUUUUUUAUGAGGAGUAUAAAAGCUUACUAGCUAAAGAAGAUCCCGAGUACGUACCCUAUGAUGUAAAUGGGCAAUAUGGUCAAUUGUUUGACAUAAUUGCACGGAGGUACAAGGAGAACACUACAGCUCGAAGUUUGUCACUGCAAAAACAACUCCAACAUUAUGCUCCUGUUACCCUCAAUCCAGAGUUGACAGGGCUUACAGAUGCAGAUAAGGAGGCUCUUGUUAUACUUGUUAAGGCUGCAACUAUUUUGGAUGAGAUCUUUCACCUGCAGGUGUGGUACAGUAAUCCAGCUCUAAGAGAUUGGUUGAAGGAGCACGCAGGUGCAUCACAAAUGGACAAGUUGAAAUGGAUGUAUUAUUUAAUUAAUAAGAGCCCAUGGUCGUGCCUUGAUGAAAAUGAGGCAUUUUUGACAACUGCAGACUCAGCUGUAAAGUUGCUUCCUGAAGCAACGAAGCCUGUUACUGGGUGGAAGGGACUUGAAUAUCGAGCUGCAUUUCCUAUGCUAAAACCACCGGGGGCAAACUUCUAUCCUCCAGACAUGGACAAAACGGAAUUUGAAUUUUGGAAGAGCAGUCUAACAGUGGACCAACAAGAAGAUGCAACAGGCUUUUUCAAUGUUAUUAAAAGACACAGUGAAUCUAGUCUAGAUUCCACUUUAAAUGGUAAUACAGUUGGAAGCAAAAACCAUUCUGUGGGUUCGACUCCUGACUUGUACACUGUCCCUUUCUCCCAAGAGUAUAAUACUUUCCUCACAAAAGCUGCUGAAUUAUUGCAUAAAGCAGGUGACUUGACCAGUUCACCUAGUUUGAAGAGGUUGCUUCACAGCAAGGGCGAUGCUUUCCUAUCAAAUGAUUACUAUGACUCAGAUAUAGCCUGGAUGGAGUUGGACUCUAAGCUGGAUGUCACUAUUGGUCCAUAUGAAACAUAUGAAGAUGCACUGUUCGGAUAUAAGGCUACAUUUGAAGCAUUUAUUGGAGUUCGGGAUGACAAAGCAACGGCUCAGCUAAAACUUUUUGGUGAUAACUUACAGUUUUUGGAGCAAAAUCUCCCACUGGAUGAUGUCUACAAGUCCAAGGAAGUGAUUUCUGCUCCUAUUCGAGUUAUCGAGCUUCUAUAUAAUGCCGGAGAUGUAAAGGGCCCUCAAACUGUUGCUUUCAAUCUACCAAAUGAUGAGCGCAUUGUAAAAGAUCGAGGAACAUCUAUGGUCAUGCUUAAGAAUAUCUCAGAGGCCAAGUUCAAACAUAUUCUUCUGCCUAUAGCUGAUGUUUGUAUUACAAAGGAACAACAAGAACUUGUAGAUUUUGAAUCCUUCUUCACUCACACAAUUUGCCAUGAAUGCUGUCAUGGGAUUGGACCUCAUACCAUAACACUUCCAAAUGGUAGCAAGUCUACAGUGAGAUUGGAACUGCAAGAACUCCACUCAGCUUUGGAAGAAGCAAAAGCUGAUAUAGUUGGCCUUUGGGCACUGAAAUUCCUAAUCCACAAGGAACUGCUCCCGAAGAGCUUAUUGAAAUCCAUGUAUGUUUCUUUUCUUGCUGGAUGCUUCCGCUCAGUUCGUUUUGGUCUUGAGGAAGCUCAUGGAAAAGGACAAGCAUUGCAGUUUAACUGGUUGUUCAAGCAAGGAGCCUUUAUUUUGAAUCCUGAUGAAACAUUUUCUGUUGACUUUGAUAAGGUUGAAGGUGCGGUUGAGAGCCUGAGUAGGGAGAUACUUACCAUACAAGCAAAAGGUGACAAAGAGGCUGCAAAAUUGCUUCUUCAGAAACACUGCACAAUGACAGACCCAUUAAAAGUUGCUUUGCAACGAUUAGAAAAAGUUCAGGUACCGGUGGAUAUAGUUCCCAGAUUUCCGGUGGCUGAGAAUAUAUUGAUUCAAAAUAACUAAAUAGCUAAUGCAGAUCACAAGACAGGAAACCUUCAAUGACCGCACACAUCAUGAGUCCGGUUCGUGGUUACAAUUCUCAUUGGCUCUUGCUGUGUCUAUGAGCUACUCUCAAUCUGGGGACACAGAAGGAUGCAGAUAUUUGGAUGUACUAGAGAUACAUCAACUCAGUCGAGGGUAGAGAUAUUACUAUUAAACAAACAGUCAUUAGUGGUCCUCCAGUUGAAGCACAAUCAUUUACAAUGAGUCAUCGGUUAAUGCAAACAGUCACCAGUCAUUACACUAUUUAUCAAAUGAAUAUUUAAUGUAUUUGGUGAUAGUCUUCCAUUCUGUGUUAAAAGACCGACCUGUAAAAUAAGAAUGAAAGAUUUCAAUGUACGUUCGAGUAAUUAUUCUAUGGUA